AUGGCAACAAGCAAAACAAGUAAUAAAAGUUCAAGGAAAAGAUAUAAGUUUUUUUCAGAAAAUGCUGAUGAAUUUGAUUCAGAAAUUAAAAACAAUCAAACAACAAUAGCUAUUAUAGUAGUGACAGAUACUAGUUUACAAACCUCAAUAUUUACAUAUCCAUCAAGUUCAAAAAAUAUAUCACAGAAUAAGCAUCAACCUCAUCCAUUCUCUGAAAUUGCAAAAAGAGAUCCAAAUUAUACUCGAAGGCUCAAAAAAAACUGUGUUCUAUCAAAUUCUAUAUCACAAACAACAAUAACUUCUCAUUAUGCAUUAGACCAUUCACUAUCUAAAGCUAUAACUAACUGGCUUGAUUGA